AUGGCUGAAUGGUUAAAGCGUCUGACUAGUGAUUUAAUGAUCGUGUGCCGCAUGGGUUCAAACUUCAAACUCUGCGAUGCAGCUGUGGAUGCGGCGGACUGUGUUAAAAGACCACGGGUUAGAUACCCCUAUUGUCUCGAUAAAUUUGAUGCACGAGAAGGUCAUACUAUGUGCUUAGGUGCCAUACGUCAAAGACUAAUGAAUGACACAGCAAGAAAUUUGCUUGAACAUCUCCACAACGAUUUGAGAUCAUCAGUUCAUCCACCCGCAGCUAACAUGAUGCUAAUGCAAUACAACCAAGUCUUGGAAAAGGAAGCACAAAUAUGGGCAGAACAAUGUAACAUGACGCAUGACAGACCGGAUCUUCGCUUUGUAGCAGGACGAUUUGCUGUCGGGCAAAACAUUGCCAAGUCUUCAGUGUAUAACUGGACACGCAUCUUUGAACAAUGGAAAGGUGAAAAUGGAUCGUUCAAAUACGGUGGUAAGAAUAAUGCAACGGCUGUACAAGAGUUUGCACAGAUGAUUACGGCGGAGACGAGUCUUCUUGGAUGCGGAGUGAGUAAAUGUGGCACGGACUACUUUUAUGUCUGCAAUUAUGCGCCUGUAAUGAAUAACAACAACCUAGAUAAACCAUAUCUUGAAUCACAAUCGGGCAAAUGGUGUGACUCGUGUUCAAAAGUAUGUGAUAACGUCACAUCUCAUAUGUGCGAUUGUUUUGGAAAGUUCUGUAUAAACGGUGGCAGUUUGGAUCUACAAACAUGUACGUGUAAUUGUAUCCAAGGUGUUCAAUCAUACGAUCCAGAACAUUGCGAGCUAAAGUGUGACAAAGAUGGUGAUGACAAGACCCGCUGUGGAAAGCCACCGUAUGAAAAAUCAACAUGUAGCAGUAAUCCUGACACAGCGUUCCACUGUCCAUGGAUGUGUGACAUUUGCCCAUAUGCUGGCAUGAAUUAUAGCAGUGAAGGCAAGGCAUUGCUUCCUUGGGAAAGAGGUCUACCCAACUGCACAUCCACCACAUUGACACACCCAAUGUCAGGUCAAAAGGGCGUGUCUACCGCCUCCAGCAUACAAACCACUCCUUCCUCAAACCAUAACGGAACACAGUUUGGUAGCAGUCGUAAUGGCGGUUCAGAUCUCAACAACCCUGUUGUCCGAAUUAGUGUUGUUUUCAUGAUGAUAUAUUUCACGGCAGAAUGGUUCUGCAAAUUCUGAUAUUUCAUAGACAAAAGAUAUUUUGUAGAACAGUAGCGUAUGGCUAAAUGACAAACUGCAACAAUGAACUAUAUAUAAUACGUUUAUGACAAGGGCAUAUUCUGCCCAGUUAGUGUAAAUGUUUUUACUAGGAGCUUCACUGAGGUAAAAAAUCGCAGGAAAAUAUGCCUGGUUGAUGUCAUGUAAAAAAACAUCAGUGAAGUCCCCUUUAAAUUGUGAAAAACCUUUAAAAUGUUAAUUUUUGCCUGUUGCAUGUUUUGAGAUAGCUAUAUGAACGUUUACCUUGUAAAACUUUUUUAAAUAAAACU